UUAAACUAGAAGCCGCGACGCGCUUUUUAUUAAAAAAAUGUAUACGUAAAGUGCAGAACGCUUUUGAAACAGUUACUUUGGUUUACUGGGUUGAAUUGUCUAGUUUCACGCGGUGGUUGUAAAGCGAAGAACAGCAUGUAAGGAGCCGCGAUGCCCACCGCGCCAGCCGCGCGAUGAGGCCGCGCCGCCAGUGUCUCGCGCCAGCCCUUGCCCUGGCGCUGUUGCUACCGCUGGUCUUCUCGCUCGUGCGAGCGCAAAACGAGCGUGCCGUGGCCGCGUCUGACCGUUUGGAGAACGUGACGCACACCGUGACACGGAUCCUCGACGGCUACGACAUUCGACUCAGACCGAACUUUGGAGGCGAUCCGUUGUACGUCGGGAUGGAUUUAACUAUCGCGAGCUUCGACGCGAUAUCUGAAGUGAAUAUGGACUACACGAUAACGCUGUACCUGAACCAAUAUUGGAAGGAUGAGAGAUUAGGCUUCGGGCUGCAGGAAGAUGUGCUGACGUUGUCGGGAGACUUCGCUGACAGGAUUUGGGUGCCUGACACGUUUUUUGCUAAUGAUAAGAAUAGUUUCCUUCACGACGUGACGGAGCGCAACAAGCUGGUGCGCCUUGGUGGCGACGGCAGCAUCACCUACGGCAUGCGCUUCACCGCCACGCUGGCCUGCAUGAUGGACCUGCACUACUACCCGCUCGACUCGCAGAACUGCACCGUCGAGAUUGAAAGCUAUGGGUACACGGUGUCGGACGUCGUGAUGUACUGGAAGGAAACGCCGGUGCGCGGCGUGGAGGACGCCGAGCUGCCUCAGUUCACGAUACUGGGACAUGAAACUAAUGAUAGGAUUGAGAAGUUAGCAACAGGCGUGUACCAGCGGCUAUCGCUGAGUUUCAAACUGCGCAGAAACAUCGGCUACUUCGUGUUCCAAACUUACUUGCCGUGCAUCCUCAUUGUGAUGCUCUCGUGGGUCUCGUUCUGGAUCAAUCACGAGGCCACGUCGGCGAGAGUCGCUUUAGGUAUAACAACGGUGCUGACGAUGACCACAAUAAGCACAGGGGUUCGGUCGAGCCUACCCCGCAUCUCAUACGUGAAAGCCAUCGACAUCUACCUGGUGAUGUGCUUCGUGUUUGUGUUCGCGGCGUUGCUCGAGUACGCAGCUGUCAACUACACCUACUGGGGCGCCAGAGCGAGGAAGCGGGCCAAGUUAAAGAAAGGAGAGAUGUCCACGAGCACUAGUGUUGAGAAAGAUUUGAAAUGUUCUGGUGGCUCCCGCUCUCCCGAAGAGAUCAUAGCGCUCCGGGAGUGCACGAGCUCCGCGGGGCGCGUGUCGCCGCUGCUCGGGCUGCGCUCCAAGCCGCUGCCGGCUGCGGCCGCCGCGCCGCCCUCGCUGCGUCUGCAGCACCACACGCAUCUGCGCUACCGCACCAGGCCGCACUCUAGGAAUUCUAAAAACGGUUCAACCGGCAAGCCGAAGAUGAUCCACGCCCUGCGGCGCGGCGCGUCCGUCAUCAAAGCGUCCAUGCCCAAGAUCCGAGAUGUCAACGUCAUUGACACCUACUCACGCGUUAUCUUCCCAGUCUGCUUCCUAGUCUUUAACGCUGUUUACUGGACCUUCUAUAUCUUUGAUUGAAUUCUUAUCUUAGGUACUUAUAACAAAAGAAACUGGUGAUUAAAAGUCCAAAUAUUUGUACAGAAUUCUCACGGUGCAAGAACUCGCAUACGAGUUUCAUUACAUUGCGGUAUUUGGUUUAUGUGCUGAAUUGUAUGUAACCUCAACAGACUGCAAUCUAAAAUCGCAUUCGAGUUCGCGCGUCGUGUAAAUAGGCCCCAAGGAUGGGAACAUUACUGGGAUCGAAUGCACUAUUGGGAAUUACCUAAUUAGGUUAUGUGGGGUAAGAGAAACAUAGUUUAUUUUGCCCGGGCCAAGAUAAAAAAUAUUUAAAUUCUCUCGAAAAACUUUUAUAUCUAAAAAAAUUGGGAAAUUAAUUGUCUAAAUAAAUAGUGAGAAAGAAAUUCUAUUAUGAACUAAUUGUGCUUGCCCAUAUAAAUAUUAUUGGGAUUCCCUAGAAAAACCAUUACAGCUAUCAUUAAAGAUUUUUGGGAAAUUGUUGAAAUAUUGAGAAACAAAUUGUGUCGCUUAACUUCAAAAUUGGCUGAAUCCAUUCUGCUUUAAGGUUGAAUAUAUAAAAAUUAUAAUAUGAUCUGAAAGAUAAAAAAUCAAGUUUAUAUAACAGAAUUGGUUUACCCAAGUUUGAAAUUAAGCGACACAAUUGCAAUGAGAACUAUUAUAAUCCAACCUACUCGUGCACAUAUUAUUGACGUCUGUCUACCGAAUCGGUACCGUUUUGUAUGUUUAAGUACCCAUUAUUGAUCCGAAAUAAAAGUGGACAUAAAAAUUCUUUUUUUUAAUAGUUGUAUCAUAGCGUUCAUAGUUUCUUCGGAUUGGUGAGUAAUGAACAAUUUGAACAAAUACUGAACUUUGAAUUUGGGAUCCUAUUUUAUACACCAGGGUACUGAUGGCCGGCGGAAAGUUUCCAAAAUUCGGAAAUUUUCACAUAGGAAAACUUCGGAAACUUUCCAUACUUUGUAUGGAUAAUUGUAUUUCGUGAAAGAUUCGUGAAUUUUUCAAGAAAUUAAAGAUUUUUUUGGAAAGUUUCCGCAACUUGCACAUCACUACACCAGGGUGCAUUCUCCGAAAAUACAAUGGACCUUAGCGUCAUAUUUUAAAUAUGAGCAGUAGAACAGUCAGCAAGCAGCAGUCCCUACUUUGGCCAAACGUUCAAAAUGAAAUGAUCACAACUUUAGAAUUAAGAAAAUUAAGAGCAUGUGAAGAUAAUUUUAACGUCACUUCUUAUAUUAACUAUGUGUUGAGUUACCUUCCUGUUUAUAUAGUUUAGAUAUUUGUAACGUAUUGCCAAAAUGAAACUAAAAUACCUAUCGACUAAGAAAUCUAUCUAAUGUUAAGUAUGUUACAGAGAUAUAUUCAAUGUUAUUAUUUCAAUGAAACAAUUAUAUUAUAUGUAUGUACGUGAAGCUCUACCUGCCAAACUUUUUCCAUAGUAUAUUUAUUUUAUUUAAUUCAGUAGCAUAUUCUGCAUAUUUUAAAUGUGGAAUACCUAUAGAUCCCUAGGUGUAUCUAUGCUUGAUGUAAAUAACUAUAUUUAUUUAUAGUAUGACCCUGUCUUAGAUGACGAAUUAGUAAAUAUAUUGAUGUUUAUAGGAUGAUAAUGCAGAACGAAUAGUUUAAUUAUAAAACCUACACU